UGUUUUCAGAUUAAUAAUUAUGUCAUCCUCAGAUCGUAAGAAGGCAUUAGCAAAUCUUCAACAAUGGAAUUACGAGUGUGCCGUCUACAACGCCUUGUGGCAACAAAACCAAAUGCGCUACAUGGUAAAUGCAUACGAGAAAGUAACGGGUAAUAAAAUACCUCCGCCUCCCCCAAGCAGAGAAAACACAGACUCGUCGUCAGCAGGGACGAAUUCCGACCCAAAUGUUGCACGCAGACGAAUGGCGGCUCCCGAAGUCAGCACUACCUUCGACAUUCCAACCUUCACGACUCGGAUAUUCGCAGAGCUUAUCGACUUUUUCAUCGUGUUUGCAAUCAAGUUCUUCAUCACAAAUAUAAUUUUAAUGCAAGUCUUCGACAUUAAACUGGCACGGAGCAAUUUUAGCUUUAGUUAUACGUUUGACGAGUUACAGCUGGAACUUUUGAACUUGGAUUCGGGGUUGAUGCAGGAAGACAAUGUGAUGCAAGAACUGAUUGAAAUCAUCCUCAUAGGAGGGAUACAUAAGCUAGCGGUGAUCAUACUGGAAAUGUGGUUCUUAGCAGGUCGUCGAGACAAUCUAGGUGGAUGUACGCCCGGAAAAUACGCAAUGGGUAUUCGGGUCAUUGGAUGUACGAGUGCAGACAGCCUGGGUCCAGAAGAAGCUCUGGUUACAGGGUGCAGGAAUCUGGGUUAUGGGAGGUCAUUUGUGAGGUCAAUGAUCAAAAAUAUGGCCAUGACUUUUUUCUUUCCUCUGGUGUUUACAGUUAUGAUGUACAACAACAGAACUGCCUAUGACGUGGUCUCCCAUUCCCUAGUGGUGUAUCAUCCGUCGAGAGGGCCCAACAGGAAUAAUGCUAAUCGGGAAUAGGUUUUUAAUGUUAGUGUGUGAAACUCAAAUAAAUCAAGGAAAUUAAAUUUAAAAUAU